CCAUUUGGCCUUACGAAUGCCCCGACCACUUUCCAAGCGGCUAUGACAACGGAGUUCCGACACAUGCUGGAUCUAUACGUACUUAUCUACCUCGACGACAUCCUGGUGUACAACCGGAGUUUGGACGAGCAUGUGGAACACCUGUGCACCGUUUUGGAGCGGCUACGACAAGCCAAGUACAAAGCCAACCGCGACAAGUGCAUAUUCACGCGGCAAGAGCUGGAGUACUUGGGGCAUUAUGUGAUGCCGCAAGGCAUCUGUCCGCUUGUGGACAAGAUCGAGGCCCUACAAGUAUGGCCCGAGCCCACCAACACCACGAACGUUCGCUCAUUCAUGGGAUUGGCGGGCUACUAUCAGCUAUUCAUCACCGGAUACUCGAGGAUUGCUACACCUAUGGUGAGAUUACAAUCGCCAAAGGUGCCAUUCGUAUUCGAUGACGACGCACGCCAGUCAUUCCAAGCACUUAAGACGGCUAUGCUCAUGGUACCCGUCCUUAGCAUGUAUGACCCCACCCUGCCGACGCGAGUGACUAUGGUUGCUUCCGGCUAUGGCAUUGGGGCAGUCUUGGAACAGCACGACGGCGACGACAGGCACCCUGUGGAGUAUUUCAGCCACAAAGUGCCUCCCAUCAACUCGCUUGAUGAUGCAAGGAAGAAGGAGCUGCUCGCAUUCAUCAUGGCUCUCAAGCGAUGGCGGCACUUCCUCCUUGGGCGUCGUAGGUUCACAUGGGUUACAGACAACAAUCCAUUGACCUACUACAAGACGCAGGAUACGCUAUCUUCGGAUCACCCGCCGGCCAGCCACUAUCGCAUCGUCGAUGGGUACUUGCUCCUGCACUCGUGGGGCAAGGACUUACUAUGUGUCCCACGCGACCGCCGUCUUCAGACUUGCCUCCUCGGCGAGUAUCAUGAUUCGCGACUCGCCGGCCAUUUCGGAGUCAACCGCACUAUUGCACGGCUUCAACAGCGAUUCCGAUGGCCUGACCUCAUCACCGACAUCACGAGGUAUUGCGACUCUUGCGAAGUUUGUCGACGAAGCAAACCCCGCAACCGCAACCCCUACGGCGAGCUGCGCCCGAUGCCGAUCCCGCAGGAACCCGGUCUCUCCAUUGCCAUGGAUGUCACCGGACCAUUCCCCCGCGACCGCCUCAGACACGACGGCAUCCUCACGGUUGUGGACCGGUUGAUUGACAUUGACGCCCCUUGCUCUCCCGCUUCCGUUCGGAAGUACAGGGAAUUGCUGGCUGAGGCCCGAGCGAACAUGCAAAAGGCUCAGAUCCGCAUGUCACAACAGGCCAACAGGCGUCGCGUGCCAUGUCCCAUCCGCGCCGGUGAUCUGGUUUGGGUCUCCGCGGAAGAGUUUGCACUGGAACAGGAUGUUUCACGCAAACUGCUUCCCAAGUGGUUUGGACCAUGGCCUGUCACAGCAGCCGUGGGCGAUGAGCCCGAUGGCCCUUCGUUUGUGAUCAACAUCCCGACGCAUCUGACGGUCCAUCCAGUCUUUCACGCCUCGAAGUUGGCAACAUAUACACCAGCUAAGAGCGACGACUUCCCAGGCCGACGAUCGCAGGAUCCUCCAUCUAUGGAUGGUCAUCAGCAAGUUGACCGCGUCAUCACGGAUCGCAAGUACGGCAACAAGCAGCGCCAGUACAAAGUUACACUUAGAGCAUGCGAUCCCGACGACACUCGGUGGAUUUCAGGAACAAAUUUAAAAGCAUCCGCUCCGCUGAUCUACGCUCACUAUGAGCGACAGAGGUUAGCUCAGGGAUCCUCACAACCUGCCCCUCCCACCCGGACUGUGGUCCCUCCCUCAGACAGACAGCUUCGCCCUCGCACUGCUCGCAGGGACCCCGUCCCUGCCACCAUCGCCAUGAGCUUUGCAACGGAGCAAGUGAUUGCUGCGCGGCUACUUACUCUGAGGGGUCGAAUCAGUGUCAUCCAGCAAGUGCAACGACCCCAUCUCUACGCUAAUCUGCUGCGGUUUGCGGUUCGCAGCCUUCUUCAGCACGGCGGCAAUCCACGUGGUGGCGGAGAUCCGAUUCGUGGAGGCGGCCACUACGCACGUUCUGGCCGAGAUCUCAACCUUUCGACGACUACCCCCUCUCGGGAUCUGCCACGUCACCGUCGUCAUCGUCUUCAAGGGGGACAUCAGGGCGAUUCCCUCGGCGAUUCAUCCCGACAUCUAUCUGACUCUGCGCGCCUGGGCCGAGGAAGUGCGCACGGUGUGGACGACACUCCUUGCUCAUCGGGGAGAUACCGUCUUGCCCGCACACGACAACGACUUUCAUCUCUGCUCAUCCCGCAGGUCGCCGGCGAUCGUACUCCUGAAGCUUCGUCCCUUCGCGUCGCCCCAAUGAGUCGAUGCCGCCCCUCCUACUUCGGCCUUCCCUCCAGCAUCCCAACUCUUUGGCAGUCCGCGCCGGCCCCUACUCUCUCCUAUCGUAUUAAGGAGACCAACGCGCCUCUAUUGAACGAAGAAAAAUGGGAUGCGUGGUGGGAGGACUACAUUGAACUCGUCUUCUGCUUGUUGGAGAUAGAGUUCCGCUGGUCAGAAUCGGCGCCAUUCAGAGAAGGGCCAGAGCACCCAGAGGACAGUGUGGAGUACCUAAUCAUCCAGGCCUGGAGGACGGCAAAGGAAGGCGAUCUGCUGGGGAUCGUAUUUGGAAAGGUGGAGGAGGGAGGUCUCGCCCUGAUCACGAGCGAGUUGUUGGUGUUCUUGACCCAGCUGGUGGAUGACCUGCACCUGGACAUCUUGUCGCGGUGCAACGAGCAGCCCGACACCCACGUGCUGACUCCGACGCUUGACCCGCAUUUAGUGUGGUCCACGUGUACGGAGAUGGACGAGGACAACUAUCUCUAUCCCUCCCAGGCGCUCUAUUUGGAAAUCCACGUCACCGAUCUUACCUUCUGGGACCCGAUCGCGCGGAGAAACGUGGCGCAAAACGAGGAGAUAGGGGAAGCAGGGAAAAAUAAGAAGAAGAAGAAGAGUUAUCGAGUGAGGGACGGGACGACCCCGACUACGUCCUAGAGAGAGAAGCAGGGAUAGCGAGAGGGUCGAGCUAGCAGCGCGAUAAGAACG